UCUCUCGUCCAAAAUUUCGAAAUGCUGCCCUUGUUCCAAGUGGAUGCAUUCACAAGCACGCCGUUCGCCGGCAAUCCUGCAGCCGUCUGUCUGCUGACGAAGGAACUUCCAAACGCGACGCUCGCGGCCAUCGCAGCCGAAAUGAACCUGUCCGAGACUGCCUAUGUCUCGCUGCUCGUGCCCGGCGGCGGAGAGACAUCCAACGCUGCCACUGCGGGCACCACGGCGUUUGAGCAAGGAACGCACUUCAAGUUGCGAUGGUUUACGCCAACCGUCGAGGUCGCAUUGUGCGGGCACGCCACACUUGCCACCGCGCAUGUCCUCUUCAACAUCCUUCACAAUCAGGCAUCGGCCAUUACGUUUGACACGCUGAGCGGUCCACUCGUCGCCAAGAAGGGCGACAACAAUACAAUCUCGAUCGAUUUGCCGCUCAAUCCUUGCGCACCCGAUGUGGUUGCAAACUACGAGGAGACGGUCAAGGUCGCCACAGGCGGCCUUCCUGUCGCAUGCGUCGAGUACUCCCCGUCGUCCAAGAAGCUUCUCAUCCGGCUGGUGGACUCGGUCACACGGGCUCAACUCGAAGCGCUGACCGUGGAUCCCGAGCAACUGCGCAAAACCGACUUGACCAACAAGGUGCGCGGUGUCAUUGUGACUCUUUUGAGCGACAAGAAACCAUACGACUUUAUCUCGCGAUACUUUGCGCCAUGGGCUGGCAUUCCAGAGGAUCCAGUUACGGGGUCUGCGCACACUGUGCUCGUCGAUUACUGGUCGCGAGAGUUUGGCGGCCAAACCUUCUUCCACGCCAGGCAAUGCUCUCCACGCGGCGGCGAUCUUGUCGUUCAUCUCGACCGCAGCACGAAUCGUGUUGUAGUUGGCGGUGCGACUGCGACUGUCUUUACCGGAUCUCUGAAUGUUUGAAAAUUCCCAUUGAAACCAAAACACAAAAACAAAAAACACCUCAUUCUCACCAUUUUGCAGACGUUUCCCC